AUGCAGUCACAGGUCCAACGGGCCAAGAGGGAGGAGGAGGAGAGGCAGAAAACACAGGCUUUGGAACGGGAGUUCAAGUGGAAACACUGGGGACUGCUCGGCGUGUUAGGCUGGGUAUUAUGUGUACACGUUGUUGGCAUAUUUUUCUUUACCAAGGGGUUUCUUUUGACUCGAAUGGUUCUGGACAACAAAUCUAGCUGUGACGUCCUUCCUUUCGACGAGGUUUCGCAACACCGGGAAGGAUGUUGGCAUCCGAAAUCGUUCGACAAGGCGAUUGUCAUCAUCAUCGAUGCCUUGCGGUAUGACUUCACGGUCCCCUUUGCACCAACCACUGAGAGUGCCACGGCGCAUCUGUUCCACGAUAAUAUCCCCGUCUUCCAUGAAACGGCUGUCGAAACCCCUCAGAAUGCCUUUUUGCUCCCUUUCAUUGCGGAUCCGCCAACUACUACGCUCCAGCGACUCAAAGGGCUGACCACGGGUACCUUGCCCACUUUCAUGGACGCGGGAUCCAAUUUCGCCGGCACAGCAAUCGAUGAAGACAACCUGGUGGCCCAGUUGACCGCGGCGGGAAAGACCUUGGUUCAUCUGGGCGAUGACACUUGGCAUGCCUUGUUCCCGGGCUACUUCGAGCCAAACCUCACCCAUGCAUUUGACUCGUUCAAUGUUUGGGACCUGCACACGGUCGAUAACGGAGUGAACGAGCAUUUGUUUCCCCUUCUCCAUCCGGCCAAUGGCACCAAGUGGGACGUGAUCUUCGGCCAUUAUCUGGGUGUUGACCAUGCCGGCCAUCGUUACGGACCAAACCACGCCGCCAUGGCUGCCAAACUGAGGCAAAUGGAUCAGGUCAUCCGUGACAUGAUUGCUGCUCUUGACGACAAGACCCUCUUGGUCGUCAUGGGAGAUCAUGGAAUGGACACCAAGGGUGACCAUGGCGGUGAAUCGGAUGACGAAGUCGAAGCAGCCCUGUGGAUGUAUUCGAAAAAGAAAAUCUUCGGCCGUACCGACCCAGCCCAUGUCUUCCCCCCCGCUAACGCCAAGGAGCGAGCUAUCCCCCAGAUCGAUCUCGUGCCGACGCUCUCUCUCCUGCUUGGCAUGCCUAUUCCGUUCAAUAAUUUGGGUUCGCCCAUCGCCGAGGCUUUCGUCGGACCCGCCGGUCGUGACUUCAAGACGUUGGUCAAUGUCAACCGCCUGACUUCAGCCCAGAUCAAACGGUACCAGCAUGAAUACUCUCGCGUGAGUGGCGGAUCUGAUGAUCAUGUCUCCCAAUCACUUGCUCUCUGGGAAACGGCGGAAAGCGACUGGCAGAAGCUUCCCAGGAAAACCAAAUCUGAUUCUGUAGCUUUGCGCGCUCUUUAUGAUCUGUACCGGAUUUACCAGCGGGAUACCCUCCGAGUCUGCCGAGGCCUGUGGGCGAGUUUCGAUGUCCCCAGCAUGUUGCAGGGAAUUUCCAUCCUUGUGGCCGGGAUCAUUGUGCUGGUCUUCUACGCUCGCGGCCUCAAGAGCGACACGAGGUCUCAGCUGAGUUCGUCUUUCCUACUGCGUGCUGGUGCAGGAUCAGUGCUGGGAGGUAUCGGCAGUACCGUUCUUGUCUUCACCGAGUUUCUGGACGGCCCCGUCCUCGAGACAUCGGCUUUGUUUGCCGCGGGGGGUAGCAUCAUCGGGGCUGCGUCUGCCAUAUUUGGGCGUCCGACAGGGUUGUCCUCCCCGUUUCCUACCUCGCUGUGGGGCUGGCUUGCCCUCUUCUUCACGGUCUCCCAGUCUAUUGGCUUUGCCUCCAACUCCUACACGAUCUGGGAAGACGAAAUCCUCCUUUUCUUCCUUACCACGUUUGGGGUCGUGGCCGGCAUCUCUUCGAUGCGGCAGAAGACCACCUCUGACAGAGUCUUGGGUGUCUAUCACUCGAUCCUCUUCAUCAUCCUUGGACGACUGGCCUCCUUCUCCCGACUGUGCCGGGAAGAGCAGAUGCCCUUCUGCCGUUCUACCUACUACGCUUCCUCGACCUCAUCCACCUCGGCGCCAUGGCAGCUGGUCAUCCCUGUUGUCGUCGCGCUCUUCCUUCCCGGGGUGGUGCGGUCAUUCUAUGACGGUUCGAAAUCGUACGAGGGCGCCUCGAGUCUCUGGAUCGGCUUUGCCUUCCGGCUGGGGCUGUUUGUGGCAUCUCUGUUCUGGAUGCUCGACUCUGCUGACGAUGGAGAAUGGCUGCCUCUGGGCAAGGACACGCUCAAGGCUGUGCGCGUGUUCCUCGCCCAGCUUGUCCUGGCACUGGCCUUUGCCGCCGGCACCACCGCCUUCAUCUACUCCAAACCGUGCGUCACCAUCAGCGUGAACCCCGCCGGGGGGCCCGAGAGUUCCCCGCUGCAGCAAGCCGGACGGACAACAGUGACGAUUCUCGGAUUCGGCAACGUCUACGGAACGCGCUUCUUCUUCCUUGUCAUCAACUUCUGCCUCGGGAUCAUCUUGAUGCAGAAACCCAUGGGACAGGGCGCCAUUGGUCUGCAGCUGUGGCAGAUGCUGUCCCUGCUGGAGAUCCUCGACACAAAUUCGCUGACCACCACCAACUCGGCCAUUGGCCCCGUGGUCCUAGGUCUCCUAGGCUCCUUCUACUACUUCAAGACCGGCCACCAGGCCGUCCUGAGUAGCAUCCAGUGGGAGUCGGCAUUCAUCCCGCUUUCCACCGUCAAAUACCCUUGGUCCCCGUUGCUCGUCGUUUUGAACACCUUUGGCGCCCAGAUCCUAGCUGCUGUUGCCGUGCCUUUGACGGCCCUCUGGAAACGGCCCUUCCAGCUAAACAACCCAUCCUCCUCCUCCUCCCCAUCUUCACCGGCUGCUCAGCAACCCAGCCCCACCAUCAAACUUCUGUCCGACGUCGCCCAAGCCGCCACAACACAUAUCCUCUACUUUGCGACAGUCAACCUCGCUACAACCAUGUGGGCAGGCCAUCUCCGUCGUCACCUCAUGCUGUACCGCAUCUUUAACCCGCGUUUCAUGAUGGGCGCGGCCGCCCUGGGAAUCGUCGACCUGGUCGUCAUGAUCGUCGCUGUCGGCGGCGUGCGCUUUACAACCCUCAGCGUCGGCGAGAUAUUUGGCUGGUAG